AUCAUGGAGCAAAACGUUCUAUGAAAUUGGCCAUUUAAUUAAAAUAAUCAAAUUGCAUUGGUAUUCCAAUCCAACACACUUUGAAUUCUUUUAGGUUUUGCGAUGUCUACUUUUCGUGUCGCCGUAUUUGCUUUAUUUUUAAUUGUAAUAGCAGCAGUUUUUUCAAAUCCAACCACAAAUACAACUAUUAAACAAACCACAAAUGGCGAUCAUAAUGAAACCCAAGUAAAUAAAACCAAUGCAACUGAUACUAAUGGAGACGAAAUCGACGAUGAAGGCUGGGAAUAUGAAAACCAAACGAUAGUGGAUACAAGAAGAAUCUUGUAUAGCAAGAGAGUUGGUAUUGGUAAACGGCCUUAUAUGGUUUAUUUACAAUUAACAAAGGAGUCAGCAAAAGCACAUAAAUACAGAGGCUGGCUAUGCGGUGGCGUCAUAGUCCACCCUUCUUACGUGCUUACGUCAGCGGCCUGCGUUGAGGACGCGGAACAUUUCUACGUUGUCCCUGGUACCACCCGCUUCGUUGACAGUUUUGAUUAUAAGAGCAAUAAUUGCGUCUGUAACCAUAGAAGGCGUGUUGUCUGGAAAUGUAUACCCAAGAAUUACAAAUUUGAUUUCCAAGAUAGUAUAAAAUGGUCGGCUAAUGAUAUAGCAAUAGUGAAAGUAGACAAACCGUUCAAGCUCGGCGUGAAAGAGUCCAAUUGUGAAUUUGCAACGGAUCUGGUAUGUUACAACAAUGUCAGUCGGGAAUUGGAAAAAGCUGGUACCAAAGGAUUUAUAGCCGGAUGGGGAAGUGGUUAUCAGUUUAGAGAGGGAGUUUAUCGUCGGGAUUCUAUGAGGCCAGAAAACGCAAAAUGCUUGCAAGAAGCUAAAGUGUGUAUAAUGGAUAACGAACAGUGCGCCAAGAAGUGGGCUGAAAGAUUUAGAAACAUUAUAACGCAAUACAUGAUCUGCACUAGAGACGUCAUGAAGCGACUGAGUGAAAUAUGUGACAAAAAAUACGCCAACUGUACGGAUGUAGAACAAAGACGCAACAAUGAAGGUGAUGAUGAUCUAUCUUCACAUCAAGUAGACCUGGGGCGACAUUUACGUGAUCCAGACGACUACACUGCACGUAGAAGCACUAAGCAAGGAGGGUUCUGUGAGAACGAUCACGGCGGUCCAUUGAUAGUGAAGUACCAAGGAAAAGAACGAGUUGUUGGUGUCAUAUCAGCAUGCAAGAUCGACCCGAAGAGUCACAGCUGCCACGGACCAUUCCUUUACACCAGUGUGUUUAAGAACCGACAGUUCAUCUCCUGUGCUAUUAAUAAGGACGUGGAGGAGAGUUGCAGACGAGUAUUUCGAACAGGCAUCACUCAUGAAGAGAUAACAGUAGAUUGGGACGGUGUUGACGAAGAUGACAUCGACUUAAGGAAUGAAAAUAACGAUAGUUCAUCAAACCGUGAUGACGACGACGAUGAUGAUGAUAGUGACAGCGAUGACAAGCCUAGCCUAAGAGAUGAAGGCGCCAAAAAGAAUAGCGAAAAAGCAAAAGACAAUUCAAGUGCAGUAGAAGAAGAAACAGAAAAGCCCAAAACAAAGCCUGAUAAAAAAGAAGACGCAAAAAUCAAAACAUCCAAACACAAAAAUGUAAGCAAAAAAAGUGGUAAGCAUCAUUCAAAAGGAAAAAAGGAAAAGAAAGCAGCAGCUGCUAAAAGUAAAGCUCCAAAGGAUGGUUCGUAUGAAUCUAGCAGAGAUGAAAAUGUAAAUGAACCCGAUGAAGAAUAGGUUAAUGAAUGAGUAAAUUAAAAUUAAUAUUC